ACACAAUAACAAAAGUAGCAUGACACAUCCUUUUCCCGACAAUUGCUCUCUGCUGCAGCGCUAUUUAUCUUUUACCUGUGAUGCGUAAACGCAAUUUUUGCUAUGGUAGUUUUUCGUGUUUACAUACUUGGAGUGGCUUAUCUGAGCGGAAGGCCGGGAGAAUAUUGAUAACGUUCAAAAUACAAGUUGUACAGCACUGCACAACUGAGAGAGGCGAGAGUUACGUAAACCCAUCUACGUACAACAAACAGUCACCGGAACUCAGCUGGACAGAGAAAGCACUUGUAAACGCAAUAUUACACGCGAAGGGAUUUCGCAGUACACAGUACUGCACGUGUUAAUCCACAUAAUUACAGUGAUUGUUAUAAGACAUGGCAACUAACGGCAAAUCCUGCGACAUAUGUUCCCGAAUGAACUCCGUUGAACUUGCAACGUCACGAUGUAUCGACUGUUUUGACGACUUGUGUGAAAAAUGCGCGAAUAGUCACCGCGCUAACCGUUUGUCUAUGGAGCACCGUGUGAUGUCAUUAGACGAUAGCCAGGCAGUGGACUUUGUCCCCGAUACGGUGGGGUUCUGCGAGAAGCAUGCUGACCGGAAACUAGAAGUGUACUGCUUCGAUGACGAGUUAGCCUGCUGUUUGAUGUGUGCAACCACCGAUCACAGAAAAUGCAAAAUGGUGGAAAGUUUGGAGGAAUGCGCGGAAAAACAGGCAAGUGAAGAUGAUAAGAAAAAGUUGGAAGAGAUGCUGGAAGAGUUCAAUCAGGAAUGUGAAGACGGCAAAAGUAGUCUUUCAAAGAACAAAGAGGGAUUUGGCGCUCAGGUUGACGAUAUCCGCUCCCGUAUUCAAUCGAUGAAAGAAUCGGUGGUGAGAUUUCUGAACGAUAAAGAGGCAGAGUUUAUGGAACAGCUGGUAUCCUUGCAAAAUGAGAAAAAUGACAAAUAUGCAGCCAAAGUUGACAGUUUGAGCGAAUUUCAGGAAAAAGUGGGUGUCGAUAUUAAGAAAAUGAAAAACUGUACUGAUAAAAACAAAGUAGCUCUAUUUUUAGAGAUGAAAAAAGCUGAAAAGAAUCAUAGAGGGUUGGUAAAAAAUCUGCAGUCGCUACAAAAUGAUUACAAGAAAAUUAGUUUGAAAUUGGAGGACGCCAAUUUUUUAACGCCAAUUCUUUUAGAAGAGAAGCCAUAUGGUAAACUCGUCGUUGAAGAAACCAUCGAAGAAUGUACAACUAAUUUCUUGAGUUCCGAGUUAGUUCAAUUCCAUGUCUUGGCCAAAUCUGGAUGCCGAAUGACGGACGUAGAAGCAAUCGGAGAUGAUCAUGUUCUUGCUGUUUGUGACAAUCAUAACAAAAUCUACCUCUUUUCCAUAACCCAAGGUUUUAUCACUGCGUGUUCGUUGGCUGGUAAACCAUGGGCCAUGACACAAAUAGACCCAAUGUCGGUUGCAAUAACGAUUCGAGCACCUCAGCCGGGCAUAGAGAUAGUGGAUUUGAGGAGGGACAAAAGUUGCACCUUGACUUCGAAUGAAAUUAUCAAACUCUCGUUUAAACCUAACGGAAUUGCCUUUGACCGCGGUGGGUUUAUUGUAUCAUCAACAGAUGGGCUGCUCCGGCAUGUUGACGAGAGCGGCUCCGCUCUCCAUACAGUAUCGGUCACAAAGGGAUACGUAUACGGGCUCUGCUUCCAUUCAAGACGUAUCAUUUACUCUCAUCAUGUGGACAAGGGAAAAGUUUACGCUCUGUUUGACGACAAAUUGGGUACACAAGAGUUUACAUUCGAACACGAAGAUUUGAGUUACCCUUUGGGAGUGACGUGUGAUUCUCGCGGUAAUGUUUACGUGGUGGGGUGUAGCACUAACAAUGUGUUACAGCUUAACUCAGAGGGAACAUUUGUGAGACAGGUCCUUUCUAGGGAUAAAGAUGACGCCAUUUCUAAUCCAAUGGGAAUCCGUGUGACAACCAUGGGAUCAUCGCCAAAACUUCUGUUAACUUGUCAAAACGAGAUCAGAAUAUAUGAUUUUGACUCUCAAUGACAUUGUCAUAAUUAUGUUCUUAGUAGGAUAGCCUGUACCUACAAGUUAUGUUUACUAGAUGUAAUCAAUUUAUGUAUCUCUAGUCCUUUUGAUUUGUAAAAGUAUGAGUUUUUGUUGAAAGUACAUGUAUAUCUGGCUGGGAAAAUACCCUUGUUACAGAUCUUUCGGUUUUUGUACUGUGUGUUCAUAUAAAAAAAGCAAGCUACACGGCUUUUAAAAUUGUUAUUAAUGUAGUUUGAUUUGGAAGAUAAUAAUAUUUCAAUUACAUGUAUUGUGUCUUUGCA